AUUGUUCAGUUCAUGGUAAAAGAAGAAAAGAACAUAGAGAGUUUAAAGAAAUGGUAGCACCAAUUGCCGCUUGUUACCAAAAGUCCACAGUCCUCCAGAACCCAAUCUUUCUCAGAGAUCCAAAUUCUAAAUUUCUUGGUGGGUCAUUACAGGGUUUUUGCAUACAAUUGAAACCCAGAAACAAGAGAAGGGAUGCCAUCAAUUUCGUGGUUGCUUCAGCAGGCCUUUCCGCGCCAACCACAAGCAGUGGUGGUGGCAGGUUCUACUUCAACUUCACCGGAUUUCCUUUCCCUCUUGGCCCUUUUCUCAAUAGGCGCACUAUCAGGACUGAGGCUGUGAAGGGUUGCAUAUGGCUUUUCGAACAAGAGCAAGCAUUAGGCUUCAGCAGUGUCUCAACUAACAUUCGAAUGACAGUCAUUAAACUCCAAUCUGGGGGAUUAUGGGUCCAUGCCCCAAUUGCUCCAACAGAGGAGUGUAUUCAGCUUUUGAAGGAGUUAGGAGCUCCAGUGGAAUACAUUGUUCUGCCUACUUUUGCUUAUGAGCAUAAAAUAUUUGUUGGCCCAUUUUCUAGAAAGUUCCCUCGGGCUCAGUUAUGGGUGGCCCCAAGGCAAUGGAGUUGGCCCUUGAAUUUGCCACUUGAGUUUUUAGGAAUUUUCCGUGCUAAAACCUUGAAAGAUGAGAACUUCUCAACCCCAUGGGCUGAUGAGAUCGAACAUAGAAUUCUAAGCUCACCAGAAGUUGGAAUUGGACCAUAUGUUGAGGUGGCAUUCUAUCAUAAGCGUUCGAGAACAUUACUUGUAACAGAUGCAGUAAUUUUUGUACCAAGGCAGCCACCAGAAUGUAUAAGCAAACAAUCCUUGUUAGCAUCUGCGAAAAAUGGUCUGGCUGUUAAGCUUCUUAGUAAAGGAAAGGAAGUUCCAGAGGAACCGGUUGUCGACAACAAGAUGAACCGCCAAAAGGGUUGGGAAAGAAUGGUUCUUCAAAUCUUGUUUCUCGGUCCAUCAAAUCUGUUGGAGCCUAAUGCCAGCUUUGCUCAGAUGUCACAAAAACUGAUUGUUUCACCCAUUGUGAAGACAUUGGUCUUCAGCAAAGUCCCUGAAAAGGUCAGGGAUUGGAUUGAUGGUAUUGCUCGGGACUGGAGAUUCAAGAGGAUAAUUCCUGCACACUUUGCUGCUCCAGUGAAUGCAGGCAGGUCAGAUUUCUUGGCUGCAUUCGCAUUUCUUGAUGACCUCUUGGGUGACCGAUACACGAAUCGCAAUCCACUCUCUCUUUUCUUCACAUCACUAAUGGGAAAGGCUGCCAGUUACUUCCCUCCAGACGACAUGAAAACUUUAUCAUCCCUUGAUCAGUUUUUAGUCUCAGUAGGAGCUGUGAAGCAGACUGUUUCGGGCCGGAAACGAUGAUCUACCAAAGAUUGCUUGUCUUAGUGUUAUAAAUACCUGUAUAUUUCAGUUAUAAUGGAUGCUAUUUCAUCAAUGUUUCUGUUUUCUCAAAUUUGAAAUGAGAAAGGUAGUUCUGAUA